UACAAGGGCGCUCCGCUUCGGGCACAGUUAGUACGCCCUUGUACUUAUCCACAAACUUGACCGGCACCGCAUUCAUAACCGGAUGGGACGUUCUUGACUGGAAGGGUGACUGCGACCUCAUCUCGCGCAAUGGCACCAAAACUAUCACCACAGGCACGACGCCUCCGGACGAUCAUCGUCACCGUACCUAUCAUGGCAGCUACGUCCUGUGAGUGUACCUCUUCCGCCAUGCAUGUGCGCUCGUUACUUGCUGACGUCUGCCCUCUCGUUACAGUUGUCCUCUACAAACGGCUCGUCUUGGGCGAGCCGCAGCGCACGCUUCCGAGAGCAGACGCUGUCUAUCCUCCGGGUUCUGAGCAAGACAGGCGGAUCAUUCCUCUCAAGACUGUGACUGGGAAGACCGGGACGGGUGCAGGGAGCACGGGUGGCGGGGAUGAGGAGGCUCUCAUGCAGGAGUAGUCGUGUUGUGAUGAAUCUCCCGUGGACUCCAGGAGAGCUACGAGGGUCAGAAGAGACAAGCAGUGCUGGUGUCCCACCUCAGACAGGGCACGCCCUACUGGAGAACACAGGG